AUGGCGAGUGUGGACGUGUUGGAAUCAGAACAAUCGGCGCAGAAUUCGACUCUGAAACCACGUGACAUUGGCGUACAGGAACAUGAGGCUUUAAGGCGUAAUCAGUCAUUUUCUAUCGACUCGAAGCUUACAUUAGACUCUUCUGUGUCUACUUUAGGAACGGAAAUGCUGUCUACAGCUGAAAUGAAGUCUCUACAAGUUACUGAGAGAGCGAUGCACAAACCUCGUACAAUUCCUGAACUUUUGGCUGUUACAAUUGACCCAAAGACUUUUACAACUGAAAAAAGAGACAAGAGACUGGUACUGUAUACGUGGAUGCUGACUCAAGUGGGGCAGAAAACCAAGAAGAAACUUGGCGAGCUAAGGAAUUCGUACUUUGCCAGUGGACUCGUAACUUGUUCACUCUUUUUAGUGCUUUUAAAUGCAUUUGCUAUUGUUAUUAUGAAGUUGAGUUACUACUCAAAAGACGUGGAGGAUGACAGGCAACAAGAGUGCAGGCAUUGGCUUGAACUGCUUAUGACGAUGCAUUUCUUAGGUCUCCCGACUAUUGUACUCAUUGCUCCUGUCGUAUUCCCGAAUACGUUUUUUGCACUGUACAGGAUAAAGGAUAAUCGCAUGAUUCGAUGCCCGUAUUUGCUGUUUUGCGAGAUGAUCGUGACAUUUCAGCUUGGAUAUAUGAUAUAUGUUGCAGUGAAUCAGUUGCUAAACGUGCCGGUGAUUGUUAAAUGCCACAAUGCACUCCAACUCCGACAGACUCUCCUAUUCUAUUCAGCGACAGUCGUAUGGCUCGUACUUUUCCGUCAGAUUGUCAUUUUCUGCCGCUUUCUGACGCAUUUAAAGCUGCAGGCAGACAGAUCCAACGAUUCUUCACAUACAUCAGGACUAGGAAUCUGGUGUAAAGCGCUGAAGAUGCUCUCAUACCGAAGAAAAGACACGCAACUUGUGAAGGAAUUCAAAAAGCUUCUCUAUCAGGCAGUCGCUCGUGGUGAUAUUCUCGCUGUAGAACGACUGCUGUUGGAAGCGCGGUCCAAAUAUAAAAUCGACCGGAUGCAGGAUCUUUAUAGACCACCGGCACUGUGGUUUUAUGCCUUUGCGAAAUCAAGAAAAAAUCCGCUGCACAUCGCCGUUAAGCUGGGAGUAAUUCGUAUUGUUGAGCUUCUGCUUGACCACGGAAUGGAUGUAAAUGUGCUUAAUAAAGUGGUGCGCGUGAAUUUCAACAAUGGUUUAAUAUUCAAGAUAAUCAGCCGCAUACUGAUUCGAACACAAGAUGGCCUUCGGUCGCCUUUGAAGACUCUCCUAUGUUCAGUGCUGCUCCCACCACUCCAUGGUGCUGUUGCGGAAGGCUAUGUUGAUAUCGUCCGCUUACUAAUCAGUAAAGGUGCCGAUGUAAACGUGUUACCACGGGCGUCAUUUUACUACCCAGCAGCAAUUCUCCCACCAAUAUUCAUGACAGAUGAUCCGCAAGUACUGCGCCUACUGGUAGCGUGUGGUGCAAACUUUCUUCACGUGGCGUCUGUAUCUCUCACAGGGUUAAUUCGUACGUACGCAACGCCGUUGCAACAAAGUACCUUUACCCUGCGAUCAGAUCUGAGUGACUAUCUACUGGAGUGCGGUGGUGAUGUCGCGCUGACCCCACUUCACGAAGCAUCUGCUACUGAUAACGUUGUAAAGAUGAAGCGGCUCCUUGCUCGUGGUAUUCAGGUCGAUACUCUGGGAGAACACGUCGAGGGUGUGCAUCGGCGGACGCCAUUGCAUUGGGCAGCAGUUGUUGGCAAGGUGAACGCUGCUAAGCUAUUGCUCAAAGUAGGUGCUGAUCCCAACGCGAAGGAUCGAGAUGGUCGCACACCCUUGCAUUGGGCGGCCAGAAACAACCACGACGAGGUGGUAUCGUUACUGCUUGCUUACAACGCUCAACCUGACGCUACGGAUGAUGAAGGCAUCCCAGUCGUGUGUUUUGCUGCGGAGGCUGAAGGCGUGGACUCGUCAAUCUUUUCUAAUCUUGUGGCUGCUGGUGCUAAUCUACGGACUCAAGUGUCUGGUGGCAACACUGCGCUGCAUAUUGCGCUGCAAAAAGAGAAUAGACAAACGGCAGUAUCGCUGAUCAAAUGCGGAUCGAGUAUGAUGAUUACAAACAAUCAUGGUAAGCGAGCUGUGGACUGCACAACAUCUACCGAGCUACAGUUUUUGCUCAAAAAAGAAGCCGGUGCUCGUAAGAUUAUGAUCUCAUACACGCAUACACACGCACAAUUAGCUUCAAAAGUUCGCGAAUAUUUGGAAUCACACAAGCAACUAACGUGCUGGAUGGAUACAAUGGAUCCAAGCGGUAUUGGUGGCGGUGCAGUUUGGCGAGAGGAAAUUGCACGCGGUAUCAACAAUUGCUCGCUCGUACUGAGUAUUGUGUGCGAUGGCUACACUAAAUCUGAGUGGUGUUUGAAAGAGCUCGCCCUUGCAAAGCUUCUUUGCAAACCAGUUCUCGCUCUUAUUGUGGAGGAAAACCACGCAGCGUCCAUGGCAUCUUUGGAGCCGCUUAUUCCGUACAAGAAUCGAAUUCCAUUCCACAAUUUUGUCAUAUCCAGACGACGAGAAAGUCCACGCGCAGUUGUUUUCGAUAUCGAUGAUGCUGCGUUUGUCAAAAGCUGGCAAGUCGUACGCCCGCUAUUGAUUUCAAUUAUGAAGGACGGGCGCCACUUUGGUAAAGAGGAGCGUGAUAAUGUGGCCUCAAUCGUUCCUCGCCAGAGAAGGCAUCAUCAAAAGAUGAAGAUGGGUAUUGCAGGUGAAGAGAGAGGAGUUGUCAGCACAAGCGACGACGGUACUGUGGCGAGUUCGGACAACAUACUUUUGCUCGUAUAUUCGCCACUUGGUGCUGCGAGCACCCUUCAAGUCAGGGUGAAGACAGACCUGGAAGGCUUUGGAUUUCGAUGUCGCGUUUUGGAAGAAAAUGAUCUGGUUGAGCAGUUGCAAGCUUCUCAUGGUGUAGUGCUGCUUAUUGAAGUACCCUUAUCAUCGGGUAAAAAGGGACCGGACGAGGCCAAGGCAGAUAAAUUUGUUCGGAAGCAGCUCAUUGCCUUGAUGACCCGUAUCGUUACAGCAGCGCAGACUAUGAACCCGCGGAAAAGUGUGUAUCCUGUGCUCGUUCAAAACAACUUUAUCGAUCUCAGCAAGAUGUACACUCUAGCGCGAUCAGAGCUGUUCUACUUUGUAGAAGGUGCUGGCUGGUCUCGCAGUGUUGCAUGCUUAAUAAGUCAUCUCCGAUUAAAGCAGGAACGAAACCGUUGUAGUAGCGGCGUGAAACUUGUCGCUCCCAGCGCGUAA